CACAGUUUGGCUUUAGUGUGAGCGACUGUGAAGAUCAGGGAAGAUCACACUGCAGACUGUAGGUUGACCCCUGAGUCUCUGUGUCUCCCCUUCCAGGACACAGGUUACACACUGAGGGACAACAUCACAGUCUUCCCGAGUCCUGCAGACCUUUGCCAAAGCCACAAUGUCACAGUUCUGUACAAUGCCGGCUGGAGAGAGGAAGAGGUGUGCAGCAGCUCUUUGCCAAGAGGUCCAUGGUUCCAAGGGAGACUUUAUGGAUCUUGGGAAGAAGCUCAGCACUCCCAAAGACAUCAUGCUGGAGGAGUUAUCGUUGCUUUCCAACAGAGGGUCACGACUUUUUAAAAUGCGCCAGAGGAGGUCCGACAAAUACACAUUUGAAAGUAUCCGAAAUGAGGCGAAUGCACAGCUAAGCAAUGACAUAUUAGCUGAGAACACACAUACUGUGGAAAUUAAAGUGGAGGUGCCCACCAGUGGGAACACUGCUAAUGCAGAAAACUCUGUUUCAGAUAUGACUGUGGAGAAGUUAAGCAGCUCAACUAUGCACAAGUCCUAUCACUCUCCGUGGGAGAAGGCGAUCCUCAGUGACCCUGACCUCGCUGACACCCUCAAACUAAGAAUGCCGACAAUUGACUCAAGACCAGAGCUUCCCGAUUACAAGUCUUUUAACCGGGUCGCCACUCCGUAUGGUGGCUUUGACAAAGCUCCCAGAGGAAUCACAUUCAAACUGCCAGAGGUCGACCUGAACCCACCCAGAUACCCAGAGCUGCAGGAGCCAGGGAUAAAACGACCCACCUUCAACAGGACGGCCCAGGGAUGGAUAUCAGAGGGCACCCAUCUGAUCCUACCCACCAUCAUCCUGGAGCCCGUCCAAGUCCCAGAGUCUGACGACCUGUAGAUGAAGACCUGAAGCCCUGUUACACAACAGGAUGUUGGCCAAAGACAACAGAUCAGAUUUAAAAGAGUGAAAUAGUGGCCCAAGUGCAAUUCCUUACCAGUAUAUUAGAUUGAAAUUAUAGACUGUACAUAAAAAUGGACAUAGUCUUCUGGUUUAAGGGGGUGAGGCCCAGGAAGUAAGAUGGAACAGUUAUCCAACAGGGGGCGACUGCACAGGUUGCAAAAAGAAGUCUGUUUGAGUAGGCAAGGAAAGGCAAGGCAAGUAAUAAAUCAUGAAUUCAAUAUAUCCUCCCAUUUAGAGAAAAAGUAGGGAGGUGUUUGAUUGACAGCUGAUAUUGUCCAAUAGGAGCCUGUUGCAGGUGACAUCAUCAUGGCUACAGUCAACUUGUGAAUCUCUAAACUUCAAGACGGGAGUUUGUUUGUUUUUUCCACCGGCAGACUACGUCCAUUUUAAUACACAGUCCAUGACUGAAAAGCAUGCAAUGGACACAAAAUGCUUCAUGCUUUUGUUUUUCAGUUGUUUGCCCAACUCUACAAACUGCUUCUAAAUAACAUCAUGUAAAUAGCAAAAUGAAUGUGCUAUACAAAAUUCAAGAUACUAUGUUUCCAUAGCUACUGACAACAAAAGUGUAAUUUUUAUAGAAUUUAAAAUGAGAACAAUGUAAAUAAAGAAUGCAAAGUAUUUAUUGUUGGCACACAAUUAAAACUGGAACAUGCAGUAAUA